AUGGAUCGAGUAGAGACCAUCCAUCAAGCCCCAUCAGAAGACCGCAACGUAGCCCGCUUCGAACCCGGCGACAAAGCCAACCCUCGCAACUGGCCAGCAUGGCGAAAAUGGACCAUAGUGGCCAGCAUAGGCCUGAUCGAUCUUACAGUGUCCUUUGGUGCAUCCGGGUACUCUCCCGCGUCAGCGUCAUUCAAAGAUGAGUUUCACGCCGGCCACGAAGUCGGUCAGCUCGGUCUUAGCCUGUACGUUCUCGGCCUGGCAUUCGGUCCCAUGUUCAUAGCACCGCUGAGUGAAUACUAUGGCCGGACGGCGUUAUACCUCAUACCAUAUGGCUUGUUCCUGAUCUUUCUACUGGGCACCGCGUUGGCGACGAAUCUUGCUCAUUUCCUGGUUCUCCGACUGCUAUCAGGGACGUUCGCUAGUGUAACGAUUGCGAAUUUUGGUGGAACCAUUGCAGACUUGUGGCCGAGACAUGAGGUUGGGCCGGCGAUGAAUGUGUUCCUUUGGGCAGCGGUCUGUGGAAGUCCACUGGGGUUUCUGUUCAUGUCGAUCGUCGCGCAAGAUCAUGGUUGGAGGUAUGUGUUCUGGUCGUUACUCGGGAUCUGUGGUGUGCUGUGGCUGCAGAUGGUCGCUGUGUUGGUUCCGUUCGGGAACGAAACGAGGCAUUCGGUGAUCUUGCGGAGAAGGGCGAAGAAAGAGAAGAAGCUGAUUCCUGGCGAGGCGCAAGCACGAUCGUUGAAGAAUCUGUUCCGUGUCACGCUGUCCAGGCCGUUCCGCUUCCUGACGUCGGAGACGAUCGUGAUAUUCGCAGCGCUGUAUAAUGGCUUUCUUUAUGGACUAUCCUUCAUGUUCAACAGCGCCUUUGGCUUGGUGUUUGGCAAGCAGGGAUAUGGCUUUGACACACUCGGUGUAGGGUUAUGCUUCCUGGGCCUGUGCAUUGGGAUCAGUUUGGGUCCUGUGGCUGGCAUAUGGCAAGAGAGAUACUAUCAGCGGCGAGUACACGGCGAGAAGCCUUCAUCCGCAGGCUCCUCCGAGACCGACUCUUUGCUGCAAACGAGCGAAGACCACAAACCGAAGUACAUUCCAGAAGCGCGCGUGCAGCUCGGAAAGGUCGCUGCCAUAAUGCUACCUACAAGUCUCUUCCUGUUUGCAUGGACGUCGCCGCCGCAGUAUGGUAUCCACUGGAUUGUCCCUAUCCUCGCGACAGUGCUCUUCGGCUUCAGCUUCUUCACUCUGAUAUUCAUGAUGGCAAUCUACACGGAGGAGAGCUACAUGAUAUACUCAGCAUCAGCACUUGCAGGGAUAGGAUUGGCGCGCAACGUAGCGGGUGCUAUCUUUCCGUUGUUUGGGAGUAGAAUGUUCGAAGGGCUGGGCUAUAACUGGGCUGGCACGAUUAUUGCUGGGCUGGCAUGCCUACUGGCGCCGAUACCCUUUGUGUUGGAGCGUUAUGGGCCGAAGCUACGAGAGCGUAGCCCCUUUGCGUGGAAUCAUGCGGAAGAUGAGGAUUGA